GUUGUCCCUAAUCCCAGCCUCCGCCGGACUUCCCGGCCCGUUCAGUUCGGCUGCAGAGACUCGCUUCAUCCCCGGCAGGGGUGCUCCACGGCACCCCAGGUUCCUCCUUUGCCUCUACCUUGGUGAAAAAAGGGAUGAUUGGGAGAGCAUGGGGAAAUCAGCUUGUGCAGAAGGGGACAGGAUCAAAGGUGGAAGGCUUCAGGCUGGCAGGAGAGAAUGAGGGGGCUGAACCCAGGAUGAGGAAGAUGAGGACAUCUCCCACCGGACCAUGACCAGGAUGGACAUACCCAGGGGGAAACCUGCAGCUGUGAGAGAACUGUCGCGAGUGGGCAGCUGAUCGAGGAUUCCAGGCCAAGCUGUGUCCAGCUGGGGCACACGGCAGUCAUCACUGCACUGGUUCCCGGCUAAAACCUGGAGGAGGCUUGAUGAGCAGGGCGAGAGAGAAUCAUUUGCUGUUCUCUCUCUGAUUUAGAAGAUGUCUGCAGACAGUAAAAACAUCCUGGCUACCAAAAGCAAGGAGAAAACCCAUGAGUUUCUAGAUCAUGGACAAUGCUAUGGAGACAAGCUUUCUGGGCAGGAGGAGACAGGGCCCUUGGGAGCCUCUCAGGAGUCAACACACGUUAAGGCAGAGCCAGAAGAACCACACCCUGAGGGGACAUCACCAGAGGACAGGGCACCAGGAACACAGGGCUGGAUGUCUCCAAGUCCUGGCUGUAAGGGGAAAGCCCUGUUCCUGCCUGGUGGAGCUCUUCCCUCACCCUGGAUUCCUGUGCUUUCCCGAGGGGGGAGGACUAGAGAACGACAGGUGGCUGCUGCUCUCCUCACUGCCUGGUCCCACAUGCCUGUGACCUUUGAGGAUGUGGCUCUGUACCUCUCCCAUGAGGAGUGGGGAAGGCUGGACCACACACAGCAAAAUUUCUACAAGGAUGUACUACAGGAAAAAAAUGGGCUGGCUUUGGGUAUUGUGGAAAUGGGGAAGAUGGUACCAACCCUAGCCGUGGCAACCCUAGAGGAUACGAAACCCUUGAGGAAACCCAGGGCCAGGUGGGCCCUGAGGGAAGAGCCACAGUGUGGUCAGCACGAGGCUAGUGACCUGGGUGCAAAGAUGGCCAGAGACACAGGGGAAGCCUGGCCGCCAAAGCCGUCCCCACCUGACACACACCCUCUCAAGACCCCAGAGGACAGCGGCCUAGAGAAACCCAGCGAGAAGGUUGCCCUGGAAAGUGGCGAGGAGGGGCUGGUCCCCGAUGGUGAAACGGGCAAGAAGACGUACAAAUGCGAACAGUGUGGCAAGGGCUUCAGCUGGCGCUCGCACCUGGUGACACACCGGCGCACACACACGGGUGAGAAGCCCUACACCUGCACCGACUGCGGGAAGCGCUUCGGCCGCAGCUCACACCUCAUCCAGCACCAGAUCAUCCACACAGGCGAAAAGCCCUACACUUGCCCUUCGUGUUGGAAGAGCUUCAGCCAUCACUCCACGCUGAUCCAGCACCAGCGUAUCCACACUGGUGAGAAGCCCUACGUGUGCGACCGCUGCGCCAAGCGUUUCACCCGCCGCUCGGACCUAGUCACACACCAGGGCACUCACACCGGCGCCAAGCCGCACAAGUGCCCUAUCUGCGGCAAGUGCUUCACGCAGAGCUCCGCCCUGGUCACGCACCAGCGCACCCACACCGGCGUCAAGCCCUACCCAUGCCCCGAGUGCGGCAAGUGUUUCAGCCAGCGCUCCAACCUCAUCGCGCACAAUCGCACUCAUACUGGCGAGAAGCCCUACCACUGCCUGGACUGCGGCAAGAGCUUCAGCCACAGCUCGCACCUCACUGCCCACCAGCGCACACACCGCGGUGUGCGGCCCUAUUCCUGCCCGCCCGGGGCGGGAAAGGCCCCCCCCCGCCGCUCCAACCUGCACCGGCAUGAGAAGAUUCACACCACCGGGCCCAAGGCCCUGGCCAUGCUCAUGCUGGGGGCGGCGCUCACCACACCCCCUCCUGCUCCUACUUAGAAACCAGAGAGAGACCACCCAGGGUAGCUGGGACAGUCCCCACUGAUGCUAGGGCCCUGGGAAGCUGCUGGGUCCUAGCUAGUGUGAUGGACUGGGGUGAGGGCUGGGAACUGUAAAGUGCAAUGCUGGCACCAAGUGGGACAUGGUGACGUGGGAGGAGGAAGCAAACACUCUUAACUGCAGAUUAAAGGCCUUGGAUUUCAAGCUGUGGCCCCGCGGCUCUGUCUGCCUGGUGUGUCAACCGAUCUCUGAGCAUCCCACAGCUCUUGGUUCUACCAGGCGUCCACGUUUAGGCAUCCCAGAGUCACCAGUUUGGGCCUGGGAGGACCCUUUUCCUAAGCCUUUUCCUGGGUUAGGGUCUCUAUUGUCAGAGCCCUAUUCCAAAACAUUAGGGCAUUUUUUUUUUAAAUUAGUUUUUGUGGUUGUUGUGAUUUCUAUAUACAUGUAUGUGUGGGGGUGCACAUGCCCCAGUGCACCUGUGGAAGUCAGAUCAGAGGACAACUUCUAGAGUUGGUUCUCUACCAUGUGGUCCCAGGUAUGGAGCUUAAGUUAUCAGUAGGCGUCUUUACCUGUUGAACAAUCUCACCCUGGUUUUGUUUCUUGAGACCCGGUUUCAUGUAGCCUAGGGUAGUCUGGAACAAGCUUUGUAACCGGUGCUCCUUGCUCUGCCUUCUAGGUGUAAACCACCCAGUCCAACUUGUGACCUUAGGUCUAUAAACAAAGACUGGGAGUUCAGAUUUCCCAGCUAGAAGACAGCCAGUCCUUCUGAAAAUGAAGAUGGGGAAUGGGUCCCUUUUGCUGGCAUCAUGUCCCAAGGGCGCUUGGCACUUGCUGAGUCCUAGCUUCUCCUUUGGGUUUUAUUGAGAACUAGGAGCAGGGCAACUCGUUUCCUGUCUACAGAAUCAGAUUGGCUGUCUUAGGCUCCUGGCUGUUUUGUGGGUAUCUCCUCUCCAUUUGCUUAUACUGGGGACUGCCAGGGAAACCGAGAAUUCCUCACUAGGGACCACUCUCCCCUCAUGCGUUCUGCAGCUGUUGCUAGGUCUGUUGCUCACCUCCUUGGGAUAUGCCAUUUAUAAUGUGCUGUACCUUCCCAUUUGGCUUUGAACAAAGUUCUGAUUUUUAACCUCUGUAGCAUCCAUUCCUGUUUGCUCCUUUUUAAACCCAGGGUCCAGCCUAUGAUCCUCCACUAUGGCUCAACUGCCAAGAGAACAUUCAGCUCUGAUACCAGAGCGGUCUCAGGGAACUACAUACUGUCUGCAGCUCUGGGUGGUGCCAGCUUCUAAGGGUUACAGUUCUGUAGCUUGAAUGAGAUAGAGAGAAUAGUAACAAAUAGCUCUGGAGGCAGGGAGCAGAGCCAGGGGAUGGAUGGGUCCAUCAUAUGUAUUGUCUUCAUCACCUCUGCUCUGCAGCCCCUGGCUGGGUUUAUUGCCUCAGUUUUGUUGUUAUUGUUAUUGCUAUUUAUUGAUUUAUUUAUUUAGUGUGCAUUGGUGUUUUCCUACAUGUAUGUCUCUUCACCACUGAGUCAUCUCUCUGGCCCCUGAAUCACAGGUCACACUGCAAAUUGAUGUCAGAUCAGGUCUGGCAGGAUUGUGAUGUUUUGGGGUUUUUGUUUGUUUAGACUGUGUAGCCCUGGCUAUCCUGGAACUUGGUCAGGAGGCAGAGGGCAGGCAGAUCUCUGAGUUUAAGUCCAGCCUGGUCUACAGAGCAGGUUCCAGAACAUCCAGAGCUACACAGAUAAACCCUGUCUCAAAAAAAAUUUUUUUUUUAAUUUUAUUUAGACAGUGUCUAAGAUACCUGAAGGAUGACACUAACCACCGGUGGUACUGGCUCUGCCUCACAAAUGCUGGAAUUACAGAUGUGCUCUACCACAUGUGGCUAACUGGUUAUUUAUCAAAGAGGCCAGAAAGACAGACUGCUACCUCUGUCUUGUCUGCGUGACAAAUGUCACUCAGCCAGCAAUGGAAUUUCUCUGUGUGGCUCUGUGAGGGGCAGAGGGGACUCUCACCUGUGAAGUGGCCUUUCUCCAAAAACACUUUAAUGAAGACAAGGACUGCUUGCAAAGACUUGUUAAAUUUCACAGGACCUUAGUGUACUGAUUCACUUGCACGAUGGGUAUUGUUGGCUGUAAUUUCGGUUCCUCAGGCUGUAUGCCUGAUGCAUUGGGGUGUGUCGUGAUCCACUGGGACAGACAACACGAGUAUGUUCAGAAGAGAGAGGCGCCUUGAAAAGUACUCAACAAAGAACAAAUAAAAUGUAGUAUUGUGGGCCUCAAAGGGAACUGAUGAUUUGGUGGGUGGUGGGGUGUCAUGAAUGGUGGGAUGUUGGAGGGCUCACAGCCACAGCAGAACACUGAAAGCAGAACGCCCGCGAGGACAGCGAACGCAUUUCCUUAUGAGUUUCUGGCAUCAUGGCUCAGGCUCCUGGUGGAAGAGUCGUCUUAGCCGGGCGGAGGUGGAGGCGAGGGGACACGUUGCUCCCCGGGGCCCGCAAUAGGUAAGGAGUCUGACCACACGUUUUCCACACCAGAGGUCCCGCCCUCCCCUGUCCUCAGCCAAUCAGUUGCCAGAAAAAUCAGCUAAUCGCUGCCGACGCUAGUCCCAGCUGCCACGCUCCAAGCCGUGCGGUUGCCCAGGCAACGGUUUCAGGUUCCUGUUCGGAAAUGGUCCUGGUUUCCAUUCUCCUCCCUCAGAGGAACCAACGACCAGAGGAACCAAAGACUGUGUUCACUGAUUCCCUCUUUCAGCGUCUUCACUUCGCCCAUCUCUUAGGGCUGUGACCCUGGCUUGCCUGAAACUCGCUAUGGAGAGACCAGCCUGUACUAGAACUUGUAGCGAUCGCUCACCUCUGCCUUUAACGUGGUCAGAUUACACGUGUAAACCACUAGGCCCGGCUUUUAUUUACUUUUUUAUUCAGAUAUAUUUUAAAUUCUGUCUUCAAAUGGUUGUACUUAAUGCAGCAUGUGUAUAUUCAUAUUAAAGAUUGGCAAAUAAAAACAUAGUAAACUUU